AUGGUCAAUUGCAUAAUGGCUUAGUGUGGUGGCCACUUUAGGUCAAUCAUCAUAGCUACAAACAAGGAUUAAAUAAAACGCAUAUAAUAUAAAUCCAUUCACAUCACAAACCAAGCCUCACUUCUUCAAUCUCUCUCAAAGCUACAUUGCUAACUUUUUUCACUUUCAUCAUCAUGGAUUUCUUUCCCUUUCUACUCUCUCUAAUUUUCCUUAUGUUACAUCUCUCAGGACAAAGGGUGGUAGAAGCUGAAACUGAUCAUAAUAUAACAAAAUUAUUUGUUUUUGGAGAUUCAUAUGCUGACACAGGAAAUAUCAAAAGAGGUUUGGCCAGUUCUUGGAAACAUCCUUAUGGUGUCACCUUUCCCGGCAAACCUGCCGGCCGUUUCUCCGACGGCAGAGUCCUCACCGACUACAUUGCCCAGUAUUUGAAAAUGAAAUCACCAAUCUCAUACAGAGUGAGAAAAUAUGCUAUGCCACACCAUUUGAAAUAUGGAAUGAACUUUGCAUUUGGUGGUACUGGUGUGUUUGAAACGUUGAAUCCAGGCCCAAACAUGACCACCCAGAUUGAUUUUUUUGAAGGAGCCCUAAAAGACAAAUUGUACACAACUGAAGAUAUCAAUAAUUCAGUUGCUCUUGUCUCUGUCGCUGGUAAUGACUACACUCGUUACACAGUAAAAAAUGGCUCUAUUCAGGGUUUACCAUCAUUCAUAGAAUCACUGAUUAAUCAAACAAUCACAAAUAUAAUUCGCAUCAAAGGAUUAGGAGUGAAGAAAGUGAUUAUAUCUAAUCUACAACCAGUUGGAUGUCUACCUUCAACGACAGCUUCAAACUCAUUCAAACAAUGUAAUGAAACAUCAAACAAUCUCCUAGCACUUUACCAUAACACACUCUUAACUCAAGCAGUGACCAAAUUAAACCAACAAACAAAAGAUCAUAAUUCGUCGCCCUUUUUAGUUCUUAAUCUUUACGAUAGUUUUAUGUCGGUGUUGAAUCAUCCAUCUACACAUAACAUUAAGGAUAAGUUGAAGCCAUGUUGUGUUGGAGUUAGUAAUGAGUAUUCAUGUGGAAGUGUUGAUGAGAAUAAUGUUAAGAAAUAUUUGGUUUGUGAGAAACCAAAAUCUGCUUUCUUUUGGGAUUUGGUUCAUCCUACUGAGGCAGGGUGGCAUGCUGUGUAUAACAAGCUACGAGUCAUGAAUGUUCUUCAACAGAUUCAUUAUUAGUUACUAUAAUUAAGAUUGGUUCUUGUUGCUAGAUUUCUUUGUAUUGAAUAAUAUAUAUAAUGUAUGUUCACAUUUUGUUUGUUAAAUUCAUUGAUUUUUAAAUUGUGUUUUGUUUGUAAUAAUUUUUUACGGCUUAGGAUCGCUCCUUUCAAGAGAAUUGUGUCCAUAUAAAUAAAAUUGACAAUCCUUAUUACA